CCCUUUCCAAAAAAGUAUUGGAUGUCUUGAGGAAUGCAGUCAGCCCCCUGGGAAAGGGCAUAUCUGUGAGGCGCUGCCCGCCCGCCGCUCGCACUCGGCCGGCGCCGCGUCCCGCACGGAGCAGCCCCGCGCCCGUCCCGCACCCGUCCCCCUCGGAGCCACUCGCGCGGGGACGCGCCUAGCCCACCGCCGCCAUGGAUGCCAUCAAGAAGAAGAUGCAGAUGCUGAAGCUGGACAAGGAGAACGCCCUGGACAGAGCCGAGCAGGCCGAGGCGGAUAAGAAGGCGGCGGAGGAGAGGAGCAAGCAGUUAGAGGAUGACAUUGUGCAAUUGGAAAAGCAAUUGCAUGUGACGGAGGAUGCAAGGGACCAAGUGCUGGAAGAGCUACACAAGUCUGAGGAUAGCCUCCUCUCUGCAGAGGAGAAUGCUGCCAAGGUAUCGUGCCCUUGCCGCAAGCAAAUUGAAUCUAACUGUCUCUCCUCUCUCUCUCUCUCUCUGUCCUCUUCUGUCUCUUCUGCACUCGCACAUCUCCCUUUGCACGAUCACGUUGCCUGCUGCACCUUUUCCUGCCCGCCCUCCCCUCUCCACCGCUUUCCACCCGUAUCACAGCUGGAGGACGAGCUGGUGGCUCUACAAAAGAAGCUGAAGGCCACUGAGGAUGAGCUGGACAAAUACUCCGAGUCCCUUAAAGAUGCACAGGAAAAGUUGGAACUGGCUGACAAAAAGGCCACAGAUGCUGAGAGUGAAGUAGCUUCUCUGAACAGACGCAUCCAGCUGGUUGAGGAAGAGUUGGACCGGGCACAGGAGCGCUUGGCUACUGCCCUGCAGAAGCUGGAGGAGGCAGAGAAGGCUGCAGAUGAGAGUGAAAGAGGAAUGAAGGUCAUUGAAAAUAGAGCCCAGAAGGAUGAAGAGAAGAUGGAAAUCCAAGAGAUCCAGCUUAAAGAAGCUAAGCACAUUGCUGAAGAGGCUGACCGCAAGUAUGAAGAGGUGGCUCGUAAGCUUGUGAUCAUCGAGAGUGACCUGGAGCGGGCUGAGGAGCGGGCUGAGCUCUCAGAAAGCCAAGUCCGACAGCUGGAAGAACAGUUAAGAAUAAUGGAUCAAACCUUGAAAGCAUUAAUGGCUGCAGAGGAUAAGUACUCGCAGAAAGAAGAUAAAUAUGAAGAGGAGAUUAAAGUCCUGACUGACAAACUGAAGGAGGCUGAGACCCGUGCUGAAUUUGCCGAGAGGUCAGUAACCAAGCUGGAGAAGAGCAUUGAUGACCUAGAAGAGAAAGUGGCGCAUGCCAAAGAAGAAAACCUUAGUAUGCAUCAGAUGCUGGAUCAAACUUUACUGGAGUUAAACAACAUGUGAAAACCUUCUUAGCAGCAACCACAUUAUUUGUCUUAUUAUUUUUACACCUGCUUGCCGUGAAACCCCAUAAACGUGUCUUUAUUUUAGUUUCACCGCAGUCACAAGAACAUCUGCUAAAUUAUCAGGCAGGGGUCAGGGGAACACCAAAAUGGGCAAGCCAUAUGCGGGUUAAGCGAUAUUAUAUUAUGGUUUAAAUGUGCCAUUUCCCAACAAAAAUGUUACCUACACUUUGUAGAGAGUUCAGCAAUUCAGUAUGCUUAGUCUUUUGAAGAAUCCUGGCUGUGGCAGAAGAGUGUCCCACCUCAAGUGCCAUCUUCAGUUUUUAGCAAGGAGCUUGAUGCAUGUUCAGGAGAGAUCAGGUGGAAAUGGUGCUAUUUCAAACAAAAGGUUCUACUGAAGUCUUUUGUUUGAUAUCAGACAAGUCAGGAGUUGUCCAGCACAGUAACUUAUUUUUAUCAGAAUUUUACUGAUCUGUGAGAAUUCGGACUUUCUGUGCCUUCUAAUUCAAUAAAACGAAGGUAUGUAGACAACAGAGAAAAGUGAAGGCUUUUGGAGGUUUGAAAUCAUGUUCUUGCAACUCAAUACAGAAGUGUAGGUCAGCAUUUCACCUUGAGUGUUCAUUCGGUUGUAUUUUUCAUGUUGAAAUGAAAGAUUCAAUAAAUUCAGGAGAAAACAUAAAUUUGGAAGAGAUUGUUUUAAAAUGUAUUUUAUUUGUGUGGAUCUGGGGGAGGGGGAGGAAUUUAUAAACCGAUAUUCGCCUCACUUUUUUUCACACUUUCUUUGAGCAGUUUUAAAAGUAUACCUGUAUGUAAACAUUGUAUAAUGAUAUGGAAUAAAAUGCACAUUUUAGGACAUUUUUUAAA